AAAAAGGAAGGAGGUCAGGUCAGACUUGGGAACCUAUUUAUCGAUUGGGCUGACUGACUGGUUCGGUUCUUUGCGGUGGAGGAGUUUGAACUCAAAACGAUAAAUUUCAACGACAUAAUAAAUAAAUCAAAAAAAGAAAGAAAAGAAAAAAGAAAACGACGUCGCUUCGUUUGUGAUGGGCGAUGACAAAUCGGCGAUCGUGAUGGCCAGCAGAGAAAGAGAGAAAGAUCGAGAGCUUCUUAUCCCGGUGGCUGAUGAUGACGUCUCCUCCUCCUCCUCCUCCUCCUCCAAGCCUUCCUCCUCUUCAUCUUCCUCGCACCACUCAGGCCGAGAGACCUUUUACAAAGUUGUUAGGAGCUGGGCAUCAAAAAAAUUCAUGACCGGAUGUGUUAUUCUAUUUCCAAUAGCAAUUACUUUCUACAUAACGUGGUGGUUUAUUCACUUUGUGGAUGGCUUCUUCUCCCCAAUCUAUGCGCAACUUGGAAUUAAUAUUUUUGGUCUUGGAUUUGUAACUUCGAUAACAUUCAUCUUCUUGGUUGGAGUGUUCAUGUCAUCAUGGUUGGGUGCAUCUGUCCUAGGGCUUGGGGAGUGGUUUAUCAAACGGAUGCCAUUUGUUCGUCAUAUAUACAAUGCCUCUAAGCAAAUUAGUGCUGCCAUAUCACCAGAUCAAAACACACAGGCCUUUAAGGAAGUAGCCAUAAUAAGGCACCCACGUAUUGGUGAAUAUGCAUUUGGGUUCAUCACUUCAUCCGUCACCCUCCAGAAUUAUUCUGGAGAGGAGGAGCUAUGCUGUGUCUAUGUUCCAACAAACCAUCUUUACAUUGGUGAUAUAUUUUUGGUCAAUACCAAGGAUGUUAUUAGACCAAAUUUAUCAGUCCGUGAAGGAAUCGAAAUUGUUGUGUCUGGUGGCAUGUCGAUGCCUCAGAUCCUGUCAACUUUGGAUACACGGGCUAUGCCAGUGGAUAGAAGUAGACCUGAAAGAAGUUGAAAGCUGUUAGAUGUAGUGGCAUUGUUUGUCUUUCGCCUUGGAUCAAAUUCAGUUAGCAGAAUCGGUCUUGUGGUAAGGCAGGUGUUGGAAUUAGAUUGUCAAUCUGUGGUGGUUGUAAGUGUCCUAUUUUGAUGGCAUAUGUAACAUUGGUCACCAUGUAGCAUAUAGAAUCUAGUGUUUGCUUGAAAAUAUAGUUUGGUUUAUAAUACAGGCUGCUAGAUUUGUUUGUCUUUAAA